AUGAACAAACGUUCCUUCAAAUACGCAUGGGUCCUCGACAAACUCAAAGCUGAACGCGAACGUGGCAUCACGAUCGACAUCGCUUUAUGGAAAUUCGAAACCAACAAGUACUACUGCACAGUCAUCGACGCCCCUGGCCACCGUGACUUCAUCAAGAACAUGAUCACCGGAACCUCUCAAGCCGAUUGCGCCGUCCUCAUCAUCGACUCCACCACCGGUGGUUUUGAAGCUGGAAUUUCCAAAGAUGGUCAGACCCGCGAACACGCUCUUUUAGCUUUCACACUCGGUGUCAGGCAAAUGAUCUGCUGUUGCAACAAGAUGGAUGCCACUACUCCGAAAUACUCCAAAGCUAGAUACGACGAAAUCGUUAAAGAAGUUUCUUCCUACCUGAAGAAAGUCGGUUACAACCCGGAGAAAAUCCCAUUCGUUCCAAUCUCCGGUUUCGAAGGCGACAACAUGAUCGAAAGGUCAACAAAUCUUGACUGGUACAAGGGCCCCACUCUCCUCGAAGCACUCGACCAACUCAACGAGCCAAAACGCCCAUCCGACAAACCCCUCCGUCUCCCCUUACAAGACGUUUACAAAAUCGGCGGAAUCGGAACUGUUCCAGUGGGUCGGGUCGAAACCGGUGUUAUCAAACCGGGUAUGGUAGUCACCUUCGGUCCUACCGGACUUACGACUGAAGUCAAAUCUGUUGAGAUGCACCACGAAGCGCUUGUGGAAGCUUUACCCGGUGAUAAUGUCGGGUUUAAUGUGAAAAACGUGGCUGUGAAGGAUUUGAAACGUGGGUAUGUUGCUUCGAAUUCGAAAGAUGACCCGGCUAAGGGUGCGGCUAAUUUUACUGCUCAGGUUAUUAUUAUGAACCACCCGGGUCAGAUUGGAAACGGGUAUGCACCGGUUCUUGAUUGUCAUACUUCUCAUAUUGCUGUGAAGUUUGCUGAGCUGUUGACUAAGAUUGACCGGAGGUCUGGUAAGGAGCUUGAGAAGGAACCUAAGUUUUUGAAGAAUGGUGAUGCGGGAAUGGUGAAGAUGAUUCCGACUAAGCCGAUGGUGGUGGAGACUUUCUCGGAGUACCCUCCGUUGGGGCGGUUUGCGGUUAGGGAUAUGAGGCAGACGGUGGCUGUUGGUGUUAUUAAGAGUGUGGACAAGAAGGAUCCGACCGGGGCUAAGAUUACUAAGGCGGCGGCUAAGAAGAAAUGA